AUGCCACCCUCAGAAACAGGAACCAUAAUAAUAACAGGCGCAAACGGCUCUUGCGCCUUGUCCUUCGUCUCCCAUCUUAUAACCGACUACCCAAACCUCACUCUUCUCGCAACAGUCCGCAACGCAUCCCCCAGCGAUCCCAACACAGCACGCCUCGCCGAGAUAAUCUCCACAUCAUCUCGAGCUUCCAUUGAAUCUUUAGAUCUCUCCUCCCUUUCAAAAGUCCGCACCUUCGCAGACAAAACAGCUCAGCGCGUGGAAAAGGGUGAAAUACCACCUAUAAAAGCCAUCGUCUGCAAUGCCUUCACAAUGUCCCUCAAAGAACAAGUGUACACGGAAGACGGGUUUGAGAGGACGUUUCAGGUCAACCAUCUGAGUCAUUACCUCCUUGUUCUCAAACUUGUUAGUUCAAUGUCUCAAGAUGGUAGGAUCGUCAUGCUUGGGUCGAACACACAUUAUACGGACCGGCCGCAUCCGCUGUUUAGUAUGAGAGUUGGUAUUCCCGAGGAUAUAGAGACGCUUGUGAAGCCGAAGAAAGACACAGUCGGGAAAGACUAUGACCAUGGCUUUCAUAGGUACGGGAACCCCAAGCUGUCUGGAAUUACAGCAACAGCAAUGGACCCAGGUGGUAUGGUCGACUCCCGCGCACACAAGAUUCAGAAACCCAUCAUCCGCUUCGCAUUCAGCUUGAUUGUUCUCUUAUUACCCAUCACGAAAUACUUCACCGAUGAGUUACGAUCUUCCGCGCAAUCAGGACGAGAACUGGUCGAGUUGGCUGUUGGAGACAAGUAUCAGGGAGAAAAGGGAUAUUUUAUGGGGGCGAGACGAGAAAAGGAGGAUGCGAUCUGCAUGGAUGCUGAAAAGAGAGACGUCUUGUGGAAAGCUUGUUGGGAGUGGGCCGGUAUAAAGAAGAAAGAGACUGCUUUGGAGCAGUAA